CCUAGCGUCAGAUAGACGAGUCAGUGUUCCCAAGCUAUAUUCUCAGCAGAGUCAUUCUCUUCUCAAGUGACUGCAAGAAGUGGACUAUCCAGACAGACACCAGAGCUUUCAUUGACUGGUAUAGACGUACACACAGUAGGCACCUGACAACAGACACCACCCAGAGGCAUCAUGACACAGGGAAAGCUGUCCCUAGCUAACAAGGAAAAUGAAGCUGCUUGCGCGGGAAACAAGGAUUCCCUUGGAGCUCCCAGUGGAAUGGCAGUGCCCCCAGAACCUCCUUCCUAUCAGGAGGCCACCACAGGUACCAGCCCCUGCUACAGUGGCGAUGCAGAGAUGCUCACUGAAUUCAGAUGGGAUGACAGAAACAUCAGGCGUGUCUUCAUCCGCAAGGUGUACUCCAUCUUGAUGAUCCAACUUCUUGUCACUCUGGCCAUAGUGUCUCUCUUCACUUUCUGUGACCCAGUGAAGACCUACGUGCAGUCUAACCCAGGGUGGUACUGGGCAUCUUAUGCUGUGUUCUUUGUCACCUAUCUGACUCUCUCGUGCUGCUCUGCGCCAAGGAGGAAAUUUCCAUGGAAUCUCAUCCUCCUCGCUAUCUUUACCCUUGCCCUCGCCUAUAUGACAGGGAUGUUAUCCAGCUUCUACAAUACCAAGUCUGUGGUGAUGUGUCUCGGGAUCACUUCUCUGGUUUGUUUGACGGUCACAAUUUUCAGCUUUCAAACCAAGUUUGACGUGACGUCCUGCCAAGGCGUGCUGUUUGUCUUCUGCAUGGUCAUGUUCAUCUCUGGAAUAGUCCUGUCUGUGGUCUUGCCCAUGGGCUAUGUUCCCUGGGCUCAUGCUGUCUAUGCUGCUUUGGGGGCCUUACUGUUUACCAUGUUUUUGGCCUUUGACACUCAGAUGUUGAUGGGGAACAAGCGCUACACCAUCAGUCCAGAGGAAUAUGUCUUUGCCACCCUUAACAUCUACCUAGAUAUCAUCUACAUCUUCUCUUUCUUUCUCCAACUGUUUGGAACCCGGGAAUAAACCUGAGAUGAGUUGGAACGAAUCACUACUUUUUUCUCCAACGAAUAAACAUCUCACAUAACUUCCCACGCUGUCUGCCACUACUUAUCCUUCUUUCUUUGGCAUGACAUUGACAAUUUUCCCAGGUGUGUGGUUGUCUUGUCUACAGUUGUACACAGUUCUUUACCCCACUUUAUCGCCCUACUUUUUUUUGCCCCAUACAGGGCAGACUGUCAGCCUUUCCUAAAUGUCACAAUAUCUUAAUGUAGUCAUGUGUCUCUCAAUGGUUGUCCAUAGCAGGAUUUGACUCUUAGAAAUAAAUAAAUGCAUGAAUCCCAGUAAUGAUGCCAACAUGUUGAAAUUAUACUCUUGUUAGAUCAGUGAGUAGAACAUUAUUUCAGUGAAUGAUGGGAGCACAUGUAGGGGUGUCUUAGCUCUAAGAAUAUAAUAUAUUGAGAUUCAAGACUGAUGUUUUGAUAUAUACCCCAAUGAUUGCAGGCAGGAAAGCCUAGCUGCCUCAACAGAAUUGCAAUAAACUAGAGGUGAAGUUAAGUUAUUUGCUCUAUUCAUCCACCUUGCUUUUAUUUGUAGUAUUAUGGUUUCUAUUGAGUGCACAGACCUCAGUACUGGCAUUUUAUUUCAUUGAAGUUUAACCCUGAGGUUCAAAUUUAUUCAUUGAGGUUGUGUAAUGCCAAUGACACUGGUAUUUUUACUUAUUUGCAGCAUGAUGCAGUAAUUGGCUAAAGUGUGAGAGAAUGUGUUUUUUAUUUUAAUACCCCUAAUGUUCUUUUUCUCUGGUCUGGCUGGAAUGUGGCCUUGGAAUGCUGUUAUAUUGCUAUGAUGUGUGUGUAAUUUUCUGUGUAAAUAUGCAGCUUUUGGCCAAAUGCACUGUGUAAUAUAAUGUUGUAAAAAUCGGAUUUAAUUUGCUGUACAUUCAAACGUAUUUGUAUUAAUUUAUUAAAGAGGAAUGGGAA